AUGGCCCAGCCUAGAAAACGUACAGACCAACAGCGCAAGCUGUCUCCAGAGGACAAGGAGGACGUCGGCGCUCGUCCCAUCUCCGAGGAAGAGCAGGACGAUGUCAUCCGCAAGCUGCGCACAAAGGCCGCGGGGGACAAGGCGUUUGCCCGUAAGGGCCUGGACAUGGUCGUCCUCGUCGCCACGUUCAUGACCGCGACCAAGGCCAUCCAAAUGUCCGAACUCGGCGCGCCGGGCUUGCUCGUGCUCGUGCUCGCUGUCCAGGCGCUCCUGCUUCCCUUGUCGCUCUCGCCCGACUGGAUCAAGUAUGCGUCCGCAAGGGAGUUUAUGGAGGCCAACCACCUGGCCGUGACGGUCGUGCAGCUGACGCUGUUCAUGGUCGCGUAUCUCGGCGUGGGGCAGGACCACGGCGCCGGGCUGACGGACAUGGUGCGCUGGGCGAUCCCCGAGCUCGUGGCUGGCGCUGUCGAGUGGCAGCGCCGCAGCGAGCGCGACAGCGAGGCCAGUCUGCAACGCCUCGAAGGGUUGCGGUAUGACCUCAAGGGUGCUUAG